UCCUCUCCCCAACCGGCUCCAUUCCCCAUCCCCAAGCCCUCAACCUUCCUGUGUCCACCGAAUCAGCUUGGAGAGCAGCUUCAAGCGCCUGCUCAGGGGCUCCCCCGCGUGGCCGCGGCCGAUGCCUGCACCAGUGCACCGCUGCUAAUUACCAGCCUCUCCCGUCUGACCCAGCGGCCAACACAACAUCCAUGGCUUCUAGUCGUCCCCACGUGCAGCGGCUGGGCGGCGGCGCGUGCUGGUGUUCGUCGGCGAGGAGGGCAGGCCAGUGGAGCGCUUUGCCGUGCGUACCAAGCUCCUGUGACAGCCGGCGUUCGCAGCGCUGCUCCGGCGCCGCCCUGGUGUACGGCUGCGGCCACUCGGGCGCGCUCCCCAUCCCCUACGCCGUCGCCGACUUCUGUCGCCUCCCCACAUCGGCGCCCGUCUCUGUUCCCGCUGAGUUCUGCUCGGGUUUUUUUGGCCUGAUGUUUCGAGGAGAAGGCAGCCGAGGCGGUGUCUAUGCUCGAGUUCCCCCGCUCCCUUCUGAUUUUUGCUUCCGGCGGCGGACAAAGGGGAGGUGAGGCGCACGGCUGAUUUGUGCAUCUCUGCUCGUCGGUGGCGUGGUUGGUUGUUCCUUGCGGAGUUUUGGACACUUUGGUGAGGGAAGACAGAGGUUUCGUUGAAUCGGCACUGAACAGGGCCCUUGUCCUGUUUGCAAGAAGCCAAACGGGCCAUGCAAGAUCAAAGACAUGGAAAAGAGUUUCUUUGCAUAUACACCCGUCAGAUGUCUCAAGAUCGUGCGAGCAUACCCUGCUAUAUCCGCAAGCAGUUCGACAAGCUGUGCUUGAAUGCGGUGACACUGAGAACUAUAUGGGGGUAUCUAUACACCGUCGAAGUCGACGUCAAGCAUGAUGUAACUGUGUUACAUGGAGCCAAGUGGGAGGAGCUUGUUGCCGACUACGACAUCGCGUUGGAAACUACUAUUAUGAUAAAUUUCCCUGAGGAGGAAAAUUACACGUUUCUCACUCAGAUUCAAAACAAGAAGCGGAAGAACAAGAAGCGCAUUGACCAAUCUGUGUCUGCUAAAGAUUUCAACCAUGACAUUGACUACAAGCUAGAACGUGCGUUUUACUUUCAUGGCAUCUCUAUUUCUGACGAGGUGCGAGCAAAUUUGCAUGAGCAUGUGGUGAUAAGCGGCGCCGGGGCAGGAGCUAUUUUUGUGCAUCCUUUAUCUGCAACCAACAUCAAGCAGUGCUUGAAAUUACCAGAACCAGUCACAACUUUGCUUAGGGUGCCUCAGAGAGGAGACAUUUACAUUUAUGUUAGAGACCCAGAUGUGGCAUGCUUAAUCGAGUAUCGUGUCGACACGGACGGUCGUUUGGCCACAGUAGGUUCAGUUGCCUCGGAAGAAUUUGUUCAUAGAGUCUCUCUGAAGAAAAAUCAACUAAUAUGUGUGCUCAUCUUCAAGGAAAUGGCACGUUUAGUAUGUCCGUGUCAAGAAGAUCUGAAUGAACUUUCACUACCCAUGAACUUUGUCAGCAGGAAAUGGCCAGAAGUUAUGGUCAUCGCUAUUACUGUAGGUCCCUUAUGUUAUCAAAACUUUUUAGUACUCUAAAUGCACCAAGCAUCUAAGCUUUUGGUAUUUUGUAAUCCAGUGCUGAAUGGUGGUGUUUUGCAACCUGUUUCUAUCAUGUGUGUAUAUGGAGUUUGCUGUAGCUCUAUCUUUUGGAAUCUUAGUACUGUAAAUGCAAUCAGUUAGGGUUGCAACCUGCUUAGUCCA